AUGCCCCAGUUCACCUUUGCUUGCUUCUGUGGGCUCCAUGGCUUCUGCAAGAUGAAGAGGAAGAAAGAAGAGUCCAGCACAGAGCAGGAGACAGCAGUGUGA